GGAAGAGCUACGCAGUCGCUCAGGGGCGGCGGCUGCUGGUGUGGCUGCUGCUGGGUUUUGGCAAGAACCAGCAGGUGCUGCGACGAAUGAAGUUGUACCUGGUCGAGUGAACGCAACUGCGCGGAAUGUGUUUGUUGAUAGAGAACACGAAACAACUUCACCGUCAGGAGGAGAAGGUGACAUCCUAUCGCAGGACCACAGACGCGUACAACAUCAUGAGGCCGCAGGCUUCCAAGGCGAACAGCAAAGAACGAACAGUGGCAGCUCCAGCUUGGUCCGUCGCUUCGGGAGGUGUUUGCGGAUUUUUGUUGGCAGGUGUAGGACUGCACUCGUAAGUGGCUGCUUGGCUUCUUGCUGUCCAACACAAGUAAACGUUUUCAAUCUCCGCGGAACGACGAGAAAAAACAGCAGUAAUACUUCCACUGUGGAAAAGCUCGCCCGUUCAUUGAGCCAAAAUCAAGUCCGCCUGAUGACGGCCGCCACUGCUGCCGGUGUUUGCGCUACCUUUGGUGCGCCGCUUGGAGCGACCCUGUUUGCGAUGGAGAUGGCGACGACGUUCUUUUUCAUAAAGAACAUUUGGCGGGCUUUCUUCUGUUCCGUCAGCUGUCUUUUCGCUUUGCGCGUCUGUGGGUACCUGCACGUAACCCGGCUGUUCGAACUGACGGACUUGGGCGAACCCCCUUUGGAGGAAACCGGUUGGUUUGUGUUGCUGGGCGUGUGCAAUGGCGUUGUUGGCGCCUUGGUCGUGAAAUUCACGAAGUUUUGCUUUGGCUUUUCCGCCCGACUGCUGACAAAUAAUCAGCAACAAACUACGUCGACGGCGAGCAUGGGCGGAGCACCACCAGAAUCACGUGGGCUGCUGUCAGCAAAAAACGCGCUGCAUGGAAAGAUCUUUCUCGCACUGAUGCUCAUAUCCCUCUUCUCGUCCUCUUUGUGCGUCUUGGAGCCCGCAAUCGCGCACCAGGAUAAAAGUCUAAUAAACGCACUCUUUUCCAAGAAAAGUCUGAGUGAGAAGCUGUUGCCGGGUCAAGUAAGUGGGGACAUUGCUCCUGGGGGUGCGGCGCCGGGAGAAACAGGAGCAGGCGGAAACGAAGCGAAAUCAGCGAAAAUUUCGAGUCGUAGCUCGGCGAGCCCAACAAGCGUCAGCGCCUCCUCUGACCUGCGGAUCUAUCCGGCGGAAAAGAAAUUAAUACUGGUGAUGUUUAAGCGCAAUUUAUGUGGAUGGCCCCAAGGAAGCAUGACAGCGAUGCGCAACGAAAGAUUUGUCAUCGUGCCUUCUGCUCCGUGCAUUCUGUAUGUUGCGCACCCGCACACACACCAUACAUACUACUUUUCCGCAGUAUAAGGUCCUCACCUCACUGAUUUUUCAAAAAUCGAUCCUCUUCCCGAUUGCCGCGGCUUGCCCCAUACCCGCCGGGGUCUUCACACCGGUUUUUGUCCUCGGUGCGUCGCUCGGCCGUCUUUUCGGUCUGGUGUUUCGUUUCCCGAAGACAAGUGAAGAGGACAGCGACUUCUUCUGGGCGCUGCCCCAGAGUCUGAACCUAGGGCCGUCGGCCUUAUUCGGCGAAACUAACAGCAACAACCCUUCCGGCCACGAUCACGAAGACGGCGCGGCUCUAUCGACGACUGGCAGCCAAAAUCAGGAGAAUGAUGGCACUGAUGGCAGUUUUCAAAAAACCUUGCAGAGCUACUUCGAGUCGGUGGAUGCUGCAGCCCAGGGCUGGUUCGGCACUCAAGACACUGGUGAAGAUCCAGUUCCCGCUACGAGCAACGAGGUGAAACAACCAAGAAAAACAUCCUCACCUGAAGAUUCCUUCACCCGAUCCCCUCCUCCUCCAUCCGACUUCGAGGUUCCCGCCUUGUACGCGGUGGUGGGCGCCACCUGCAUGACCGCGGGCGUGACGCAGAUGCUGUCCACAGUCCUCAUUGUGUCCGAGCUGACGGGCCAAAUCAACCACUUGCUGCCCAUGCUCCUCGCGGUCUGCAUGAGCUACUUCGUCUGCGGCUACUUGCUCUCCGUUGAGUUUCGUUGUAAAAAGCGGAGAAGGACCACGGCGUCGUCUUCAACAUCGUCGAGAGGAGGAUUUUUUUCCAGCAACGAAGCUGUUUUUCCUUCUAGUUUGAUGCUUUCCCGCUCGACGGAACAACGGCUGCAGGCCGAGGAGGAAGAUCAUGAAGAACACCAGUCCGAAACCUCAGCAGGAAACAAUCGGCUGAUGAGCAUUUUUGACGUGAUCAUCCAGUUGAAGAAGAUCCGGUUUUUCCCCUACCUCCAGGGCAACCAGCAGAGCUACCAGCGACUGACCGCGGGGGAUCUGUGUCGCGAGAUCCCAGCCGGCUGCUUUCUGCGCGAGUCGUUUUCCCGGUCGGAACUAUUGAGAGCACUGAAGGCCGCACGGGAGGCGGGCUACGCGUACUUCGACAUCGCGGAUGAACAGGAGGGCGGUGAUCAGCAGCAGGGAUUCAUGUCCUCUAUUGAUGCAGCUGCUCAGUCCUCCACCUCCGCAGGGAUGAAUUCUAGCGACAAAUACUACACCACAUCGGACGACGAUCUGCUCCAAUUGCGAGGCUCUACUGAGGAGGACUUGUUGGCGGGACAGAGCAAUAUGGCUUCUGAAGAAGAAAUCGCAAUACAACAGAAUGAUUUGGCACGACAAGAAAUGAACGAAAUCGAAACCGCUGUGCGUUUCCAGGCCGCGUGUCUGCCCCUGCCCGUGUUCGUCGCUCACAUGGAGGGUGGAAGAGAUGACGCUAUGUGCGGCGAUGUAGAAGGUGAAGUGGCGGAAAUCGCUGAGAGCAGUGUGCUACUGGAGGAGCUGCACGACCCUGGUGCCGUUCGACAGAAAUCGUCUUCCAGUACGACUGGCGCGGUAUCAAGCGGCAGUGCUUCCACUGCGUCGCCUCUUUCGAUAAGUUUAGUGACCAGCGAGAGUUGUGGGGCUAGCAGGACCGUCAGUAAAACCAGCUCUAUGUUGUUGGCUGCGGGGACGACUGCAAUUUCUACAGAUGAACCAGGUGUCCUCACAUCAAGCGGACCUUCUUCCAAUCAGCACGGAAGAUCUGUUGGCAGGGGCGAAAAAAGCGGAGACUUUUUUGAGGCAAGCAAAGACAAUGCUACCUCGGAUUCACCGCUGCUCGGUCUUUACCAUCCACAGGACAAUUUGCUCGACCCGACGCCCUUACUUAUUGACGAACAGACGAGCUUGGCGCGGGUUCAUUUCUUGUUCCUCAUGCUGUCGCUGGAGGUAUUGUUUGUCACCAGAAGAGCACCCGUGCGGAGCGCAAGCGAUGCUCGUGGCGUUCAGAUCGCUGGUGUAAUCACUCGCGAGUCGUUCUUUCGGGCGACCGAAAAAUAUCUGUGAUUGGAACAAAAUUCAGAGCAAGGGUAAAUGGAGUAACACAACGAAAUGAAUUGAGUGUGG